AUGUAUCUUCAUGGAGCUAUGGCGACCAACAUGAAAGAAGAUGUCUACGAAAGUGAAGAGCCACUCACAGAGGCCGAUCGUGAUCAAAAGUACUUCCGCGAUGAAUUGACCCUUCCAGAAGAAUUGCAACUUGUUCAUUUGGACAUUGAUGGUGCCUUGAAACGUUUCCAAGGAAGGCUUUUGAAUGCUCAGAACGUUGAUUUUUCUGAUUCGAUCUCCCCUUUGGGGAAAAAGUCUUAUGGAAGCGUAGCUUACGUUCUCGAAAUUCAAGGUAAAAACAGCGAUGAACCUGAAACAUUCGAGCAAAAAUUCCAGAGACUUCACAUGGAAAUUGGAGAACUAGCUCAAUGUAUUCCGACUGGAAAGGACGAAGCUGUAACUACUAAAUCAACAUCGCUUUUAAAAUCCAUGUUGGAUGAGGUGAAAGCGAGGAAGGAUGUGGCAAAACCAACGAAGGGUGAUCAAACGGCGAAGAUUCCUGGCCCAUCGCAAGCUGAUGGAAAUGUGAAAUCACUUGAAAAACGUCUAGCGCGAAUUGAAAGUUUAACGGGUCAUCUUCCCGCUGGAGCGCAACCACUUACAGACGCCAUUGAAGAUCUUCGUUUGCGCACUGAUGUUUUAAAUCCAGCAUUUAUGGAGACAGCUGACAGUAAACUCGUUGCUUUGCUGAAUAAACUAAAGCAGGUAGAAGAGAAAAAGGGUAACUCGAAUGAAGAAAUCGAGCAAAACGUGAAUGAGCUAUUAGCAUUGAUGUCCAAAUGGGAUGGUGUAUGUGCUAACCUGCCAAGUAAAACCAAGAAGUUGAACUCGCUCUCUCGACUUCAUGAAUGUGCUCAACAGUUCUCGGAACGGCUAAACAGGCUCUCAAAUACACGAGAGAUGAUUGAAAAGGAGAUCCUCAAGAAUCGCACAAAUCUCGAUUUUGUUCACACAAUGGCUAAAAAUGAGGUGGCAGCUCUUGUAGCAAAGAUAGAGACAUUGGAAGGUCAUCUGAAGAAAAUGGAAAAA